AUGUCCAAAACAUUUAUGUUGGAACCGGAUUUAAUCGCAGCUGGUGAAAAUGUUAUGCCCGAACUUAAUAGUGAUUUAGUAUUGGCGAAAAAUUUCUUAAAACAGCAAAGUGCAGCCACAGCUGAUUCACUAUACGAUCAUCUCGUUGAUAUCGUUCAAAAGAUUCUAACGCAAAAGCCACCAGAUGUCGUGGACAACUUUGAACAAUACUCGUGGGAGGUGAAGCACGAGAAGUUUAGGCCUAACUUUGACCUUCUAAAUGAUGUAUACCUAUCACCACCACAGCUAGCGUUAGUCAGACGUAUGGACGAAAUGUUUCGGCUAGUAGCGAGUAAGUCUGAAAAAAUGGACGAGAUGGGCGAAGAGGAACAGGAGUUGGAUCUUGAGGAGGAAGAUACGAAGCCGCGAAUCGCAGACCUCAUAGAUAACAAUUACUAUUUUAAACAGGCUGGAUACGGUUUACCUGAUAGCGAGUGCUAUGCUCUCUACAUUGCUCUUAAUAUGUUAGGUAUAAAGGAGCCAGUUGCUACUGUAAGGUUCUUUGGAAAGAUUUUCGGCACAAAAGCCAAUUAUUAUGUUGCUGAAACCGACCUUACAAUUGAAGAAUUGGAUAGGAGAAUUCGAGAAUUUGAAAUGAAAGAUAUGCCAGGUGAGGGCGAAGGUUUGGACGAAGAUAGAGUUCAAGAAGCUGAGGAACAGAAGGAAAUGGUGGGAGAAGGCGAGGGUCGCGAAGAGAAACCAAAAGAACCAGUUCCACCUAAAUUGCCUCCUAUUCCUGUGUCAACUUGGCAGCCCCCGCCACCUAUACCGGUAGAAAGACCUGGACAAGGGGUUAAUAAAAAGGUUUUCUGGGUCUGCAACAAUCCUGGAGACCAGUGGAUCUGCCUGCCUGACGUUACUCCUGAUCAAAUAAGAGUGGCGCGUCUCAGUGUGCGCUGUAUGACCGGAGAUUUGGACGCAGAGAUUCAAACGUUCCCGCCCUUCGAGGGAACUGAGAGGAAUUAUCUUCGCGCUCAGAUUGGCCGCAUUCAAGCAGCCACUUCUAUUUCUCCUCAAGGGUUUUAUACCUUCGGCUCAGGAGAGGAGGAAGAAGAUAUUGACUUGGAGGAAGGAGCUGGUGACAUGGCAUUCAAUCCUAAUCCGUUCUAUCAAGGACACACCCUAAAGGAUCUUAUGGAUUCUAACAUGAUGUAUUGGGUUCACCAUGGACGACAUAUUUUGAAACAGGGCAGAACAAUUUGGUGGAAUCCCAAUGCUGGAAUGGAAGAGGGCUUAGAAGAAGAAGAAGACGAAGGUCCACCACCUAUGGAACCAGAGACGGGUCCACCUCUUUUUACAACUCUUUCUGAAGACGCUCGACUUGAGGGUCUCCCAGCAUGGACGUCUCGUGUUAGUUCAAAACUCACGCCUGAAAGAGCUCUUGUUACGAUGAGAAGUAAUGUCUGGCCUGGAGCAGUAGCCUAUGCUACUACGGGAAAGAGAUCAGAGUGUAUGUAUGUCGGCUGGGGCCUUAAAUGCCAGCCGCCGAAUUUCUCGCCGUUACAGCUGCCUCGACCACAAGACGAGUAUAUUAUUGGACCUGAAGUCAUGGAAAUGGCGGAUCCAACGUUCGCUGACGAGGAGGCAUAUCGUAUUGCUCAUCUACCGCCGCCACCACCUCCAGAACUUCCCGGUGAAGGAGAAGGUGCUUUUGGCGAAGAGGAAGAAGACGAAGACUAA